AUGGCACAGCACGGCUUCGGCCAGUUCAACAACAGUCACGGCGGAGGUGGCGGUGGAAACAUCGACCCCAACGACCUGGCUAUGGGUGGCAACUUUGCCUCGUCCUACUCAAACAACUUCAACUCAAAUUCCGCGAAUAACUCCAACGGCUUUUCCAGUGGUUCUGCCCUCUUUGGCGACGAUGAGCUGCUGGAUGGCCUCGGUAGCCCAACCGAGACCCAGCCAGGCAUGCACGGCCACAGCCAGGAAUUCGGCGGAAUGUCAGACAUGAACAUGGGCUUCAACCAGACUAUUUACGGGUCCCACCACGGCAUGGACCAAAAUCACAUCAAUGGGUAUUCCAACACCCCAGACGGCGACCCGAUCCAAAGCCCUUUCGUUCACAGCUUCAACAACUCACAGUUUCGUCAGCUGCAUCAUCCUCAGUCUCUGGGAACCUCGCUGCAGUCUCCAAUCUCCUACUCUGGCUCCCCCUUAGCUGGCUCGGACAUGAAUGCCGAUAACGCUGAUGCAAACUACCUCAACGCCAAAAACAGAGCUAGAAUGGCACAGGCAAUGCAACGCAAGAGCUCCUCCAACACCAGGAGUCCAAUGACCCCCAAGUCGGCCAUGCAUUCUGUACCUGAGACUUCUGGUUUCGGGUCUCAGUCGAUCAGGACCCAAGGUUUGCACGAGAAGUCCCCGUCAGGAGGCCAGUGGAUGCAGACACCCACUGGUAGUAUGGCAGCAUCUUACGGCUCCGGCUUUUCGUCCCCGAUCCAGCCUGGCUUAGCUCAGCUCAACGAAGUCAUGAUGAAGGGCGGUACCUCGAUGCCUGCAAAGCUCGGCGUUCAGCCUGCGGCAGUCUCUUCUCAGGAAAUGAAGCGGAAGCGGCGCCGUGAGUCACACAACUUGGUAGAGCGGCGGCGACGAGACAACAUCAAUGAGCGGAUUCAAGAUCUCAGCAGACUGGUGCCCCCACAUCGCCUAGAAGACGAGAAAAUUCGCAAAAUGAUUCAGAACGGCACUCCACUUUCGCCUACCCUGACAGGCAUCUCAACCCCCUCGCAAGCCACUUCCGGUCUCGCAGGUCCAGGUGCACGCCGCGCGGCUGGCGGUACAACUGGCAACAUCACCACGGGCCUCCCCAUUGAAGACAAAGAUAAGGGACCCAAUAAGGGCGAUAUCCUCAACGGCGCCGUGAGUUGGACAAGAGACCUGAUGUGGAUGUUGCACUUAAAGCUCCAGCAGCAGGAGGAACUUAUGAACGCCAUCGCGGAGCUUGGAGGCCACUUCCCAUUUGAGCUGACGGAAGAUGAGAAGCGCAUGCAGACGGAGUUGAUGGAAGCGAUCUCCAAGAACGACGGGCUCGGAUACUCACGUACAACCGGGUCCGGACUCAGAGUACCUCAUCAUACCGAUUUCCGUGGUGAACCGCUCAACGGCUCAGGCAACCCCGAUGGCGUCAGCCCUGGUGACAACCCCGGCGGCGUCCUAGCCAGCGACCUGGGUGCUGGAAAUGAGUUCUGGAACGACCCGGAUGACGACGACAGUGGCCCGGCUUCCCUGAACUUUAAAGAAGAGGACGAGUUCGGAAUGGACCUGACACAAUAG